AUGUCGACUAUUACGAGAUCCCUCGCCAACUUAUGGAAAGUAGGCAUCAAGGAUGCCUUCCACCAAAUGAGCUAUAUCGGCGACACCAAGGCUGGUACCCUCAUCGGCAUCGAUAGAUUUGGAAACAAGUAUUUCGAGAAUACCGAAGAACUGCCUCUUCGAACACGAUGGGUAGAUUACAAGGUCCAUGACAUUGAUGCCUCCCAAAUCGAACCCGGCUGGCACGCCUGGAUAUCCUACGCCGUUGAUAAGGCACCUUCCCAAGAUCCAGCCCUUGCUUAUAGCAGGCGACCAUGGGAGGACACCGAUGCCAAGCCGAUCCAGAACUACACACAAACAAGAGGCGCCUACAAGCCUUAUAACACGGUGAAAGCCAAGAUUGACACGUGGGAACCCGUUGCCGCUGAGAGGAAGUGA